AUGGCUUCACAAACACAGCCCACACCAAACACCGCACCCCCGCCCCCCAGCGCCACGGAGCCUCCUCGACCUCGCGAUGCCCGUCUGAUCGAACUACUUCUGACAUCCCAAGGUGUCACGGCAUACGAGCAACGAGUCCCAUUACUGCUCCUCGACUUUGCCUACCGUCACACGUCCUCUAUUCUCAGUGACGCGCUACACCUCUCCGGCGACCCGUACGUCACCCAAGCUGGCUCAAAGCCAUCCGCAGCCUCAGGAGCGUCAGCCCUUGCGGCAGGCGAUGCGCCAAUCACAGCAAACGGCGUGAAGCUUGCCAUCGGCGCCCGUCUUGGUUACCAGUUCCGCGGAGGAAGCAGUGGCGGCGGCAUCAGCAAAGACUACAUGCAAGAACUCGCGCGAGAACGGAAUAAAGUUGCCUUGCCGCGAAUUGUCCCCAACGAGUGGGGUGUUCGACUACCCAGCGAGCGGUUUGUGCUUAGUGGGACAAGUUGGGGUCUCAAGGAUAUGUGGGACGAGGCGGGUGACGAAGAUGAUGAAGAGGGACAUGGUGGUGAUGCCAUGGAGGGAGUUGAGGCACCAGAGCCGGAGGACGUUGGCGGUGAUGGAGUGGAGGGUGGUACAGUUGACGAUGUUUUCGGGGAUGAUGUUGACGAGGAGAUGGCAGAGUAG